AUGUGCGCUUUGGCAUACCCAAAUGAGCGCCGUCGUCUUGCGCUCGCGGAAAUCGACAAGGCGCCCUUCGGCUGGUACCACAUUCGCGCCAUUCUAGUCGCCGGCACAGGUUUCUUCACAGACUCGUACGACAUCUUCUGCGUGUCGCUCUUGACGAUCAUGUUGGGUAUCGUAUACCACAAGGGCGCCCUCACAACACCACAAGAUACUGCAAUCAAGCUCUCCACCUCGGCCGGUACUGUCAUUGGCCAGGUCGGAUUCGGUGCGCUUGCUGAUAUCGUUGGCCGUAAGAAGAUGUACGGUCUUGAGUUGAUCCUUAUCAUCGUUGCCACUCUUGCUCAAUCUCUGGUUGGCCCUGGUCCCGGUACUUCGGUCGUUGGACUGAUCAUCUUCUGGCGUGUUCUCAUGGGUAUCGGAAUCGGUGGUGAUUACCCUCUUUCAUCCAUCAUCACCUCUGAGUUCGCGACCACUAAGUGGCGUGGUGCUAUGAUGGGUGCCGUGUUCGCCAUGCAGGGUUUCGGACAGCUCGGUGGAGCCGUCGUCAUGGUCUGCCUCGUUACUGGCUUCAAGGGCAAACUCAACCAGGCCACCGCCUACGGCAAGUGCACUGGCGACUGCCAGAUUGCCGUCGACAAGAUGUGGCGUGCCCUAAUCGGUAUCGGUAUCGUUCCCGCGUGUAUCGCACUCUACUUCCGUCUCACCAUUCCUGAAACCCCGCGCUACACUUUCGACGUUGCUCGUGACGUCGAGAAGGCGAACGAGGACGUUAAGCACUACAUUUCCGGGCAGAAAGGUGAGGGCCACCCUGAUGAGGCUCUCCAGGUGGCUGCUCGUCGUCAAUCGGUCCAACAGCUCGAGGUCCCCGUGGCUUCCUGGUCCGACUUCUUCCGCUUCUACGGCAAGCUCAAGAACGGCAAGAUUCUGUUCGGAACCGCCAUGUCUUGGUUGCUCCUCGAUGUCGCUUUCUACGGUCUCGGUCUCAACAGCACCACCGUCCUCCAGGCUAUCGGCUACGGAGGUGGUGCCACGGUUUACCACAAGCUCUACAACCUCGCAGCUGGUAACUGUAUCUUGAUUUGCGCUGGUGCUAUCCCUGGUUACUGGCUCGCCGUUGCCACCAUCGACACUGUAGGCCGCAAGCCUCUCCAGCUGAUCGGAUUCGUCUUCCUGACCAUCCUCUUCUUGAUUUGGGGUUUCGCCUACCACCACAUCAGCGGCCACGGCAUGAUGGCUAUCUAUGUCUUGAUCCAGCUGUUCUUCAACUGGGGCCCCAAUACGACAACCUUCAUUGUGCCCGGCGAGUGUUUCCCGACCCGAUACCGCUCAACGUCCCACGGUAUCUCUGCCGGUUCUGGCAAGAUUGGUUCCAUCAUCGCUCAGGGCGCUAUCGCUCCCCUCCGUACCCGCGGCGCUACAAAGGACAACGCCAGCCCAUGGCUCAACCACGUCAUGCAGAUCUUCUCCGCAUUCAUGUUCGCUGGUAUCUUCACCACUCUCUUGAUUCCUGAGACCAAGCGCCGCACCCUUGAGGACUUGGCCAUGGACUGGGAUAUGGGCACCGAGAGCAUAACCGGAGCGCCCAAGCACAACGGCCACCGAAGCAGCGACGAAGCUGCUGCGGAGAACGAGCUCAAGGCUUAA